AUGUUGUCUCUUAUUCAAAAUACCGAUGUCCCAUCGUUUCCGUGUCAGCAAUGGAACGCAAAGUGUUUGUUAUUGAGUCAAGACGGGCCCACAGAGGACAGCGUUAAAAGAAUCAGACCGCCAGAUACAAAGGAGUUGUUCGUCUACAAGCUCCUGCAUCAUAUUGGAGUCGGUCCUGAAUCUCAUUUCAUCAUCCCAUCUUACGGCACAAAGAAGACUAUCUACAUCGCCACCAAGGAUUGUCAUUUGGUCUUAUUGUCCAGCUUGACCAAGGAUACAACAAACAAAGCUGCUCUACUGCAAUUGGAUUUAAUAUCUCGCAUCCUCUGCCUUGGUGAUUGCACGACCAACUCCUCAAACUUUGGUCAGGUCGGUGAAAAAGGCGAAGGUUGUUGA